AUAUUCUUCUAGUUUAUUUACUUCUGCCAUGUUUGUGUCAUCGUUAUUUUGUAUUGGUAGAUAAAAUUAAUAAAGAAAGAAGCGGGCCACCCUAAUUAUUUGCUAGCCAUCAUUUUGGCUGGAAAAGACUUAAGAUGCCAACGCUGUUUGGCAUUGUUGAUUUUCGCAGUUUUUUAUACUAGUCGCAAAUGUUUCUAAAGCCUUACAGACCAAAGAGCAGUGCCGCUCUGAAGGGCUCAGAAGGUAAAAAGUUGAGGCAACGUCUUGAAUUGGCUUAUCCACACAUUUCCGUUGAUCUGCUGAUGCCGGCAAAGGCUGCUCUGACUCAGAUAAAGAUUCUCACACAUGGCGGUGUCCAGAGUAUGGUCUAUUGUGUCGACAAGUUGCCAAUGUUUUUCGAGCUGGAUGGCGGCCAACUGGUACCAACUUUGUACACUCUGUGGACGGUAAAGGACAUCCUUCCAUAUUUCACCACCCACGAGGGUGUGCUUCCGAAACUAACAAAUGGAGCAGAUCUCAUGCUGCCUGGAGUGGUGCCGCUGGGUGUGGGACUAAGCAUGUACGGUCACUAUAAAAAGGGACAGUUGAUUGCUGUCAACCUAACCAAUAACAGUUCAGCAGUGGGUGUGGGCCGGCUGGCGCGUUCCAGCGAUGAGCUAUACAUGUGUGGUGGCCAUGGCGUUGCUGUUAAUAUGCUGCAUCUAUUUGGUGACAAAUUGUGGUCCCAUGAGCCAAGUCUGGUGCAGCAAAUUCCAUUGUUGAAAACGAAAUCCUUAACUACCGAGGAUUUCCCCGCUCUGGGGGCUGAACCACAAAGGAAGACGACACCAAAGGUAGAUGCUCCAACAGUGACUACUGAAUCGGAAACAUUUGCAACUGCAGAUGUACCCGAGGACUGGGAGGACAGUACUGCUGCUUUAACUCUUGAGAAUGAAGAAUCCACUUUGCCGGAUACUUUAACCCAAGAAAUCAGCCAAGAGACGAUAUUAAAGAACGCUUUUUUGUCGGCUCUCAAAAACAAUGGAAAAAAAUUGCCACUGCCUCUGCUGACGAGCAAUUUCUAUCGACUCUAUGUGGUCACCGAGGCAGCUGAGCAGAUUGAUUUGAAAAAAACUCGCUACAAGAAGCUAUCCAACUUUCUUGCCGAGAUGGUGGAUCAGGGAUUCAUUGUAGUACGCGAAGAGAGCAAGGGAGUGGACAAAAUCAUUUCUGUGGAUCUGGAGCAUCCUGAUGUGGUAAACUUUAUAACCGACGUGAAAGCCAACGAUGCCAAUAGCGGCGCCAGUGAGACGCCACUAUUCCACUCGGAGCUUAAGGAAAUGUACAUUGUAUCGGAUAUCACGGCUGCUUUUUUUACCAAAUUGAAUUAUAAGCGGGGCGAGGGUAUUCCGGUUGCACAGAUUAAGAAAAUUGUCAGAGAAUAUGUGAGCAAGAAUGGCCUGCUCGACGUCCAGACCAAAUUGGUGCGACCAGAUGAAACUUUGGCCGAGCUGUUUGGUCAUCAGCGGGCAGGUACCUUAAGCGAGAUCUGUUCAUUAAUUACUAGCAAAAUGGAGCACGCAUAUCAAAUGUGCAGUGGCAAGGACACGAGCGGAAAGCCCCUGAUUCAAAUGUCCUUGGCCACACGCUCCGGCAACAAGAAGGUCACCCUGGUAAGCAACAUCGAAGCUUAUGGCAUCAUCCUAUCAGAGUUUAUAAAACUUUGCAAGCAAGGAGCCGCUGCAAGCACAACUAUUGUCAAAUUGCCACAUCAGAAGCAUGAACAACUCCAAAUCCAGGGUAAUCAAGUGAGAUUCAUAUUCACCCUGCUGACGGAAACGUAUAAAGUGCCGCCCAAGUGUAUUCUAGGACUGGAGCUGGCCAAAGAUGGCAAGAAAAACAAGCGGAAAUGAGGCCACUCAAUAAACAUGUCGACCCGUGAUUUGAAUAAAUUAUUUAAUAACUUUAA